AUUUUGGUAACAAAAAUCCAUGUUUUUAUCAGUUUUUAUGGACGAUGGAAUUGGUGGAAUGUCUCUAUGUUGUGCAAUAAUUUUAUUGUUUAUUAAUAAUAGUGAUUUAAAAUGCUCCACGAAUUUGUAAAUUCAUAAAUACCACACUCCCCAACACCUAUUGCAGUGAAUGUCGACAAAGACGGGCGUUUAAAAAUUCUACAUGAAAAACUUAUUUGUCGCGACUUCGCGAGAUUGUUGAGGUUAACUCUGUGUUUGCAACGGCCAGUAAUGCCAUAAGUGGAAUUAACCAUCGAAUUUCGAGGAAACUUCAAAAGAAACACUUGAGAAAAAUGAGUGUUUUUAAAUCUGACCCAUCAUCCUCGGAGGAUGAAUCGCAGGAGGAGCGAGUUCACUUUAAAAUGAGCAAUAAAAGAUCUUUCAGUUAUAUUGACACUGAAGAUUCUGAGAGUGAGCCGAAGAAAAUGCAUCGCAAUGGUGUGUUUUCCUCUCGUAAAUUUGUUUCUGGACAUUCUGCUGACGAUGGAGAAGACGAAAUGAUACAUUUUACCGGCAAUAACCAUAUGCGAUUGCAGUGUAAACCUAGUGAUUCAAUCGGAUCAAAAUUGAUGAGACAAAUGGGAUGGGAUGGAAAAGGUUUAGGUAAGGAUGGUAAGGGAAGAAUAGAGCCAGUACAAGCUUCAAAGCAACGUGGCUUCCGUGGUCUUGGAUUUCGCAUUGAAGAAUUGGAGAAGGCACACGAAAAAUUCAAUCCCGACGAUGAAACUGUCAAAGUUGAGGAAGACAUUGACUGGUUAAUAAAUGAUUUAUACGAGGAACCGUAUAUUGACGACGAUUGGAUGACACUGGGUCCGAGUAAAUUAACAAUAGACGACGAGACAGAAUUUUGCGAUCCCUUCACUGUGAGUAAUGUCAUUAAUUCAAAGAGUGUUUUUGAUAGACUCGAUAAACUUGAAAUGCGUGACGCUCGUACACGUUCGAAUCCAUACGAGACAAUUCGCAGUGCAUUCUUCAUAAAUCGAGCGGCUGUUAAAAUGGCAAAUAUGGAUAAAGCCUGUAAUUUUAUGUUCACAAGACCGGAGAAUUUAAAGUCAGAUGAAUUACUCUAUUUUGCGGAUGUUUGCGCUGGACCCGGUGGUUUCAGUGAAUACGUUCUCUAUCGAAAGAAAUGGAAGGCAAAGGGUUUUGGUUUUACAUUGAGAAGGGAGAAUGAUUUUAAAAUUGAUGAUUUUACCGCCGGUCCUUGUGAGACUUUUCAUCCGUACUAUGGACCAAGGGAGGAUGGCGAUGUUUUCUGGCCGGAGAAUCAAAUUGCGUUGAAAAAAUUAAUAAUGAGGCAGACUAAGGGGAAGGGGGUGCAUUUUAUGAUGUCGGAUGGUGGUUUUUCAGUGGAGGGUCAAGAGAAUAUACAGGAGAUAUUGUCGAAGCAAUUGUAUCUUUGUCAGUGUUUGGUGGCAUUGAUGAUUGUCCGCGAUGGUGGGCAUUUUGUGACAAAACUUUUUGACAUUUUUACGCCAUUUAGCGCUGGCCUCGUGUUUCUCAUGUAUCGUUGUUUCGACGAGGUGUCAAUAUUCAAGCCAAAUACAUCGAGACCCGCAAAUUCGGAGCGCUAUUUGAUUUGUAAAGGAAAACGUCCCAAUACGCAGAGAGUGUUGGAUUAUCUUUUCACUGUAAAUACAAUUCUUCAGAAACGUGAUAAAUCCAAAGAUGUUACACAUUUAGUACCAUUGGAAAUAUUGAAGACGGAUAAUAAAUUUUUUGAUUAUUUAAAAGCGUCGAAUGAUGAGAUUGGAAGGCGGCAAAUUGUUGGAUUGUUGAAAAUUGCGCAUUACGCGCAGGAGAAGACAUUGAUUGAGGAGAGACAGGGGGAUAUGAGGAAACUUUGUCUUACUCAUUGGGAAUUGGAGGAUAAAAUGCGAAGUGUGCCGAGAAAAAUGAAACCACAUGAGAAAAUAAGUAAAUUAUUGGAUGGUUAUUUGGAUUUGUUGAAGAAGGAUUUUAAUUCGGCGAAGAAAUUCAUUCAGGAGAAUAUUCAGAAUACGGUUUUGAAUUCUCCACUCGAUUGGUAUUGUAUGCCAUGUGCCUCGACAAUUAAUGCGACUGACGAGAAGAAGGCAACAUUUUAUUUGGGUUUGGGACGAGCGCAAGUAUUUCGUUUUGUUCAAAAUGUUUGGGAACGUGUGGAUAAUGUUUAUUUGCCAGCCGAUACGCUCGUCUAUGCCGAGGCUGUUAUGGAGUAUCGAAAAACGGGAAGACACCAAAGAAAAGCGGAGAGACUGCAUAUUAUCGACGGCUACAUGCUUGGUGGCGAAAACAUCAGUAAAGAAUACUUAUUAGACAGGCACAGAAUGUUGGCAACAUUUUGCGAAGCACUCUGGAAACCACACGGACAAGAAUGUCGAAUAUUCAUGAAAGAUUUACAUUUGGUCGAUGAGCAUUUAGAGGAUAAAUUGAAAUUGAUCACCUGUCAGAUGAAAACUGGACCGCAGGCUGACGUUUAUUAUCCAUUGAGAAAUUCACAGGACUACAAUUCCGAGGAGGAUGACAAUGAACGUUCGUAUUUUAAACCACAAAGUUUGUUAUUUAUGAAAGUGACUGCAGAUCAUUGGGCACGUCACAAGAGUACAAAAAAUGAUUCAAUCUACAUUUACGAUAUUAAAAAUAGAAAAUCCUUCUACGAAUUUGAUCGUCCGGCAAGUGCAAAUGCUACUUGUGUAAAGACAUUUAAUAGCAUGAUGGUUUGGGAUUGGCCUCAAUGUAAUACCAUCACAAUGGAUUUCAUUAUGAAAUACAUUAGAAAAGCACUUGUUAAAACGAAUUUUAGCACUUAGAUCUUUUUUUCUUUAGUUUAGUUUUUAAACUAAAA